AUGGCUACCCCAGGCGGAACUCCUGGCUUCGAAGCUAUGUUUGCGCCGCUUUUGCUCGGUGUCAUCUUCAACACAAUUUUGUUUGGUGUUUUCAUCGUCAUGGUUCACUCAUACUUCCGUUUAUAUAAAAUCGACUCUACUUGGAUCCGACUUCUGAUCUACUACCUCAUUCUAAUGGAGACAAUUAAUACGGUCUGCAGUGUCGGUAUAAUCUACGAGCCAUUAAUCAAGCUUCAUGACUCCCCACUUGUCCAAGUCAACUCUCCAAAGAUGCUUGCUGCAGACCCGAUUGUGACCACACUGAUAUCCACACCCGUACAACUUUUCAUGGCUUGGCGCAUUCGCCUUAUGACUAAGUCCAACUGGCUCACGGCCACUGUUGUUCUCCUCGCCAUCACUUCCUUUAUUGGAGGCGUUGUAUCCUCUAUUCUCGUUGCUCUCGAUGGUCGUUUUGCUCAUUUUGGUGCCAUUGAGGCGCCUCUUGCUCUGUGGUUGACAUCGACUGCUUUUGCGGACCUCUUCAUCACCGCUUUUUUGGUCAACUUCUUGUGGGUGAACAAGACGGGUUUUAAAACACAAACCGACUCUGUCACCGACAGAAUCAUCUUUUUGACUGUUCAGACAGGAACCCUCACGUCUUUCGCUGCAAUUGCCGAUGUCACACUGUUUCUAAUUCUUCCGAGGACAACGUUCAUGUUUAUUUGGGAUUUUUCACUGGCCAGGCUCUACUCCAUAUGCCUGAUUGCCACUCUCAAUGCACGGCAUGAGUGGAACAUGCUUCUCUCAGCUCCAUCAUCUCUUCCUACCUCAACGAACAACAGCGAGCGGAAAGGUUCAGCUGGCUCCGAUGCAAUCAUCAAGAUACGGCGUGCAACCGAAAUUCAGGGCUUGCAACUCUACAUUCCAUCCCAGUUUGAAAUGAUCACCGCUUGCACUUUUGAGGGCCACAACUGCUGA